ACCAAUUUCUGGGGGAUGAGCUUCACUACAGACAAGUUGAGGUCUUUGGUGAGGAAGUGGCAGACUUUGAUUGAAGCUUAUGUGGAUGUCAAAACAACUGACAACUACACUCUGAGGAUGUUCUGCAUUGGAUUCACCAAAAGACGCCAAAACCAGGUCAAAAGGACAUGCUAUGCUCAAUCCAGCCAAGUUAAACAGAUUCGCCGCAAGAUGAGGGAGAUCAUGAUAGCACAGGCAGCAUCUUGUGAUCUUAAGGAUCUUGUCCAAAAGUUCAUUCCUGAAAUGAUUGGGCGAGAGAUUGAGAAAGCAACAUCAAGCAUCUACCCCUUGCAAAAUGUGUUCAUUCGCAAAGUGAAGAUCCUGAAAGCUCCCAAGUUUGAUCUUGGAAAAUUGAUGGAGGUUCAUGGCGAUUAUUCAGAGGACGUUGGCGUGAAGAUGGAGAGGCCUGCUGAUGAGACACCAGUUGAAGGUGUUACUGAAGUAAUUGGAGCUUAAAAGAUUGCGAGAUGUCUUUUAACGGUUUUCUAGUUUAAAGAAUUUUUAAGCAUUUUUGUUUGAAAACUUGAAUAUGUUUUAACUUUUAAGUUGCUAAUUUUGUUAUAGCUGAGAUGUUUACUAUGGUUUUUAUGUAUGCUUUUGUGCAUUUGAUCUAGUAAGCAAUUUUGGUUCAAAUACGUUUCACAGAAUAAGAACUUUUAGCUUAUAAUUGAAUCUCAA